AUGGGACCUGUGCGGUUGGGAACGUUGCUUUUCAUUUUGACUGUGUACGGUGCGUGGGCUGGGACGCCGAAGGAGGAGGACGAUGACACAGAACGCUUGCCCAGCAAAUGCGAAGUAUGUAAACUCCUGAGCCUGGAGCUACAGGAAGAGCUGAGUCGUACUGGCCGAUCUCGAGAGGUGCUGGAGCUGGGGCAGGUGCUGGACACAGGCAAGAGGAAGAGACACAUCCCUUACAGCGUUUCAGAAACAAGGCUGGAAGAGGCCUUGGAGAAUUUAUGUGAGCGGAUCCUGGAUUACAGUGUUCAUGCUGAGCGCAAGGGCUCAUUGAGAUACGCCAAGGGGCAGAGUCAGACCAUGGCAACGCUGAAAGGCCUGGUGCAGAAGGGGGUGAAGGUGGAUCUGGGGAUCCCUCUGGAGUUGUGGGAUGAGCCCAGCGUGGAGGUCACGUUCCUCAAGAAGCAGUGUGAGACCAUGCUGGAGGAGUUUGAAGAUGUCGUGGGAGACUGGUACUUCCACCAUCAGGAGCAGCCCCUACAGCAUUUUCUCUGUGAAGGUCAUGUGCUUCCAGCUUCUGAAACUGCGUGUCUACAGGAAACUUGGACUGGAAAGGAGAAGAUCACAGAUGGGCAAGAGAAGACUGAAGAGGAGGAGCAAGAUCAGGAGGAGGAGGAAGAGGAGGAGAUGACUAACACACCAGUCCACUCCCAGCAUGACCCAGAGGAUCUUUGA